AUGGCUUAUAAAGAAGGAGGAUCUGUUGAUCCUAAGAAAAAUCUACAAUUAAGUCAAAUUAUAGAACAAACUAGAAGAGCUAAUAUGCCAGUAGCUACUUUACAGAGUAUAUUAAAGAGCUGUGAAAAUAGUAAAUCCCAAGACAAGAGUUAUAUGUUGGAAAUCAAAUCUAAAUUUAGUGAUGGUGGUAAACCAGAAGAGGAAAUUUUAGAAAAAGCCACAGACCAUGCUAUUGAAUCAGGAGCUGAAGAUGUGAAAGUGAUAGAAAAUAACCUAGUUCAAUUUUCUUGUGGCAAAUCGAACUUGAACCAAGUAGUGGGAGAAUUAGAGAAGUUGGGCUAUAAAAUUACUAGUGCAGAAGUUGAAUAUGUUCCCUUUAAUUUGCAACCUUUACAAGAUUCAGAGUUAGAAGUGUGUCAGAAAUUGUUUGACAAGUUGGAGAAUGUUCCUGAAGUUGUCAGGAUAGUUGAUAAUAUCGCAUAA